AUGCCGCGACUACAACAAAGAGCAGAUGGGCGUUUUCGCCGCGUACUAAGCGAAAGGAUCAUCUUUCAUGGCGAGCAAAGUUUGGAUUACGCCCAGGGUUUAUUGGUUUAUAUUGCAUGGUACCCAAUGCACCAACGACCACUACGAAAUCAGCUGUUCCAGUUCAUGCAGAUAGCGAUGACCAUGGUAUCAGACCUGAGGUUAGCGCAACAGGUUCAUGAUAAAGAGGCGCUGAAUGCAUCAAUUGCUUGCUAUAAUUUAUCAUGCUUGCUCAAUUGUAUACACGAAAGACCAAGGAACGGUCCUACAGCGGACUGUUUUGAUUUGGCUGCUCAUAUAAUGCCUGGGUCUGAUGAAGACGUCGGAAUACAACACACAAGGCUUCUGAUGCUUCAUGAGGAAGUCUCCAGCUAUAAACCUGACAUGAACCACCAAGACAUUGCUUCUCGGUGCAGUCUAGAGACCCGCGAGGCAGUCAGAGCAUUUUAUAAAAAGAUAGAUGCUCUUGAUUCGGUGCUACCACCCACUAUCCAGGACAAUAUCCCAUUUCGUCUCUCAAGACUCUGCUUGAAAGUCAGAAUUGCAUUUCUGCCCCUCAAACCGCUCCAAUCCGACCGAGCUCAGCGACAUAAUACACAGCUCCCAGAUCCAGAGAUUCAAUCUCUCGCAACCACCUGCUUCUCCGAAGUCCAAGAAUUCCUGGAAGCGUUACUCUCGAUACCUUUGGACCAAUAUAUUUAUUUCUCGACGAGGGAGUGGUGCCAGAUAAUCAUGACAAUUAGCACUGCUUCCAAAUUAUGCUUCUCUCACCUGGCCUAUGCAGAUGUGACUGAAACCCGAGCUUUCCAAAUCAAGACACGAGCGAAAAUGCUGAUAUACCUUGAGAGCCUUGCACACCGCAUGGGAAAUCUUUCAGUAACACCUAUUCUAUCGACCAAAUACCCGGACUUUUUCUGCUUGUUCAAAUCAGUGCUUGAGAUCAUCACGCCAACAUAUGCACCACCACCAAGCAGUUACCAACCCGCCGAUAUUGGAACUGGUACUUGUCCUGUGACGCAUCAGGAUCAAAUGGAACCUUACCAUCAAGAGAUGGAUGCCCAGGGAACAAGUCCUAGUGCCAGUCGCUGCCCGAUACUGAAUGGUACUAUUAAGGACACUGAUUUCUGGCGAGCUCUUGAACAAAGCACCCCUAUCUCUGACGAGAGUUUGGGAGACGGCCUUGCCGACUUACAAGGAAAUGAUAUUGGUCAGAUAAGCAUGGAUCCUUCCGACUGGUCUACCGUUUUCUCGGAUUGGGUCGUCGACCUCAACAACAUGCCUGAAUGA